GAUCGGUAUUGCGAACCGAUAAGGUGUCAAUCAAGUCUUCAUGUUUGCUUGAUUGAAACGCGAUGUUCACGAAAGUCACCUCGAUAGAUAAGAUAGAGUUAAUAUACAUGGCUGUGGUAUUUGUUUUUUGCUGAGUCUCGUAGUUUUUCGUAAAUUGUCCUCCAAAGUUGUCCUAAAUUUAAGUCUUGAAAAGUGUCACGACAGGCCUUCGCUUGAGUGAAAUUUAAUUUCCGUAAAACUCCGAAAAAUAAAGAGAUCCGAUCAAACGGAUUGUGGGUUUUAGUAUAGGUACAUGAAUGUCUUAUAACACACAGGAAAUGAGCUAAAUCUGUGUCUCAAGCAAAAUCGGCCGGACCGCUCUUACAGAGACACUCUCUCAAUACCCUGAUUGCGCAGGUUUUUGCUCUGUUUCGCGCUCCCGAUUCAAGCGCCUCUCGCGCUCGUGGUAUGCGGCGGGCUACGAGACUAAAAACCUGUGAGCCGAGGCCCAAGUAGAGAGGUAUACCGCGAAUAAAGCCCAGGACGCGCCCGGUUGACUGAGUGGGUUCUCUGAUAUUUUAUUACCCGGGGUUUUUGCCUAGGCAGCCUGUUCUAAGCUUACGAAAGUUUCUCCUCGAGAUCGCUUGUCUUUACGGCAUGAUCACAAGACGUUUAAAGUAAAUAUAUUUGUUUAGUAACAGACUUUUUGUUCCGUUGUGAAACCAUGCCAUCAAACACGUGAUUUUCCGAUUUACGCACGUGAAGGGCUAAAACAUGUUACAUUUUCUUGGCUCAAGCGUGCGUGCUUUAUUUUUGGCAAAGUCGAUAAUCCAAAUAUCAUUCAAUGGACAGAUUAACAAUGGCUCCUGUCACUGUGUUUUGAUUAGGCUCUGGUCUUAGCUUCCGGCGUUUUACCCGAUCUGAUCUUUCUCUGUAUACUGCUAACUCUACCGUGUUCAUGAUGUCGAUGCGCAAAACGAUGCCCAAAACGAUGUUCAUGGUGUCGAUGCCCAAAACGUGCCGUUAAUCACUAUAAUCUCUAUUGAAGAGUCGUGUAAGAUACCAGUAAUUUUAACAUCACUGCAUGAAUCUUAACCGUCGAACUUCCGUAUUAUGGUUAUUAUUCUUUUGACUUGUUGACUGACCGAUAGGUGAAUUUGAAAACUAUUAUUAGCUACAGUUCAGCAUAAAUACGGCGGUACUUGUAAAUUCAAGUGCGAAAAAAGUGGAGCAGUAUCCAGCAAAGCUAUUGAAGCAGUUUUUCACAGUUACGACUGAAAAAUGCCUCGUACAAAGAAUCAAGUCCUUGUCGUUGCCUUCCUCUGCGCCAUUGCUUGCAGCUAUGUGCAAUGUGGUUAUGUUUCUGUGGGGUGCUAUAAGGAUACAGCAAGUCGUGCAAUUCCAAUAUUGGAAGGACUUUCCUCCAUCCUGGACGGAUCGUACACGCACCGGGUGAACCCCAUUGCGAAGUGCGCCGUGGCUGCAUUAAGCUGGGGCUUCAACAUGUUUGCAGUUCAGCAUGGUGGCCAGUGUCUCGCUAGUGCUACUGCACCGCUGACCUUCUACAAGUACGGAAAAUCUACAGCUUGUUGGAGUGGCGGCGAAGGAGGACCUUGGGCCAAUGAAGUUUAUGUGAUCAAAGGUUGUUUCCAUUGGAUGCUAUAAGGACACAGCAAGUCGUGCAAUUCCAAUGUUGGAAGGAAAAGAUUCUAUCUUGGAUGGACCUUCUUCUUCUCGUACGAACCCCAUUGCCAAGUGCGCCGUGGCUGCAAUGAAACGGGGCUACCACAUGUUUGCAGUUCAGUUAGGUGGUCAGUGUUUCUCUAGCGCUACUGCUCCGCUGACCUUCAACAAGUACGGAAAAUCUACUUCUUGUUGGCCUGGCGGCAAAGGAGGAUUUUGGGCAAAUGACGUUUAUUUUAUUGCCUGAAAAUGAUUAAUUAGUAUUUCAAUACCAGAGUUGACGAAGCAAUAAAGAUUUUCCUUAGAGCA